AUGAGCCAGCUAACAGAAGCUCAUGGCACAAGAGAUUUACACAUGGAGAUAAAAUCACAGAACGAGACCAUGGAGCUGCAAGAAAGGAGUCCACCCCAAGAGACACCAAAUGAACAUAUUUCCACCCAAAGCUCAAAACCAGAGGAGGUGAAAUGGAGGUACGCUAAAGUUCUCAGCGCCGGGCUGUCUUUCUUUGUUGCCGGUAUCAAUGAUGGAAGCUUGGGCUCUAUCAUUCCCUACAUUAUCCGCACCUAUGGUAUCGGUACAAAUAUGAUAGCUGUGCUAUACGGGACAACAUUCUUCGGCUGGCUCCUCGCUGCUUUGACUAACAGCUUUCUGACCAACCAACUCGACCUGGGCUGGAUACUUGGUCUAGGCGCCCUUGGUCAGGCUUAUAAUGACACCCAUGCGAACACUUUUGUUUCGUCUCUGAAUGGGGCGCAUAGGUUGCUGGGCUUCAUUCACGCUAUGUACAUGGGUGGAUGUCUAGUUGGCCCGUUUGUGGCCACUGGUGUCGCGUCAGCAAAUACGGACUCGAAGUGGUAUUUAUUUUAUCUCUUCCCACUCGGUAUAGGUGUAGCAAACCUUGUACUUGUUGGUGUAUCAUUCCACGAUCGAAUGCGUCGGAGGCAAUCCCAGACAGCAGAGCCCUACGUGCCAGAUCAACGUGCCACAAAUUCGGCGAUGAAGGAGAUGAAAGAUACGCUCGCCACGCCCGCCGUUUGGCUGCUCAGUCUGUUCUUUUUCUUCUUGCUUGGAGCUACAAUUACAACCGGGGGGUGGAUGGUCGAGUUCCUCGUUAAUGUCCGUGACGGGGAUGUCUCGAAAAUGGGAUACGUGCCCGCCGGCUUCUACGGUGGAGCUUUUCUGGGACGCCUUGUCCUGGCUGAGCCAACGCAUAGAUUUGGGGAACGAAGAAUGGUAUUUUUAUACUCGAUACUCUGUGUGGGAUUCCAGUUGCUCUUUUGGCUUGUACCAAAUAUUAUCACGGAGGCCGUCGCUGUGAGCUUGCUUGGGUUCUUCUCUGGUCCUAUUUUUGCAGCGGGUAUUUCGGUCGGAACAAAGAUCAUCAAAGCUGAGAUACGCUCCUCGGCGCUUGCAUUUGUCUUCGUGCUUGGACAAGUAGGAGGUUCGAUCUUCCCAGCCUUCACGGGCAUCAUUGCCGCGCAGAAAGGUGUACAAGUCCUGCAGCCUGUUUUAGUGGCACUCUGGGUUGCAACAGGUGGCAGCUGGUUGAUUCUGCCCAGAGAUCUGGAGCUCCACCGGGACUAG